UUGUUGCAAUAUUCUGUUCGCUAAAUAAAAUGUUGUUACGGCCCUAUCUUCACUCGAUUUAUACAAUUUUCAAAUAGAAGAAUACAAUUGAUUAAAACAGUAUUAAUUUAUUUGCAACGUGAACAUAAAAAAAUAAAUACUGUGUAAUAUAUAUUGAAAUAUGCCAUAUUCUGUUAUAUGAGAUUUCAUUUAAAGAUUUUCUGAACGUUUAUAUAAAAAGUACAAAAAGAAAUGUAUCAAAGAAAAGUGAUCAACAAAAUUCCAGGCGAGCUGCCACCUCCUCCUAAACAGGAAAAUCAAGGAUUUAUAGAAGAUUUAGGAAAGAAACAAAAAUUUGAAUUAGAAGAACUGUUACAAAGGCAAAAUAAGAUUCUUGCUAAUAAAUCAUUUUUAUCAAAACUUCCAGACAAGGGUGAAAAGAUAAAAAAUUUUAGGGAUAAAAUACUGAAAGAACUAGAGCACAAAAAUGAGAUUGAAAAUGCAGCUAAUCUUUUAUCGAGACUAAAUCUAGCAUCUGAGGGUAAAGUUGCUAUGAAUGAAUUAGAAUGGACAGGGAAAUAUAGUGAAAAAAAAAAUGCAGUAAAAGUUGUUGAACUUGACAGCGAUGAUGAAGAAGAUCCUUUAAAAAUAUUGGCACAACCUACAGGCUCUGGAGUUCAUAAGAAGAAAAUUAUACAUUUACCACCAGAGGAGAGUUUAAUUAAAUCAGAAGAUUUAGCAGAAAUAGAAUCUUUUAAAGCUGCAUCUUCAGAAGUAGAACAUGUACAAUAUAUAGUCAACAAAGUAGAAAAACCUCCAGAGGAAAAAAAUCGGAAAAAGGAACUAUUUAAACCAUAUAAAACAACCAAAUCUAAUGUGCAUGAUCCAGAAAAAGAAAAACAAAGAAAGCAAAAUAAACACUGGGAAGUUACAGCAGCCACACCUCCACCCAUAGUUCACAGUGCAGCAAAAAUUAUAAACUUAAAUGAAUCAUUAAAAUUACAAAUGGAACAUGCUGCAAAACUUCAAGAAAUUCAAACGAAACAUGCAGCAGAAAAAUUAGCUGAACAACUUGGUUUACAUGGCAUUGGCCCUCUGCCUAAGAGUGUAGGUAGCUAUCAUUUACGAGAUGAGAAAAACUGUAGUUCAUCUUCCACUUCCGAAGAUGAAGAAGAAAACGAAGUACACGACGAAGAGGAUAAUGAUAAAAGAGGGACGGUCGUUUUUACAAUAGAUAGUGUAGAAAACUAG